UGGUGAGUGAGUGAGUGGUGAGUUGGUGGUGAGUGGUGAGUGAGUGGUGAGUUGGUGGUGAGUUGGUGGUGAGUUGGUGGUGAGUGGUGAGUGAGUGGUGAGUUGGUGGUGAGUGAGAGGGCCAUGGGCCGCAAGGUGACGCUGGCGAGCUGUGCGCUCUCGCAAUGGGCGCUCGACUUCCAGGGCAACACGGAGCGCGUGCUCACCAGCAUUGAGGCUGCCAAGGCCAAGGGAGCUCGCUAUCGUCUGGGAUCAGAGUUGGAAAUUUGUGGCUACGGCUGUGCGGAUCACUUUCUGGAGGGCGACACACUACUGCACUCGUGGGAGGCCUUGGGGCAGCUGCUGGUGGCGCCGGCCACGAGCGACAUCAUCUGUGACGUGGGCAUGCCGGUGAUGCACAAGAACGUGCGCUACAACUGCCGCGUCAUCUUCCUUAACCGGAAGAUUCUGCUGAUCCGACCCAAGAUGGUGCUGUGCAACCACGGCAAUUACCGCGAGCUGCGCUGGUUCACUCCGUGGGCUCGCGAGCGGGAGGUAGAGGAUCAUUAUCUGCCACGCAUCAUCCAGGAGAUCACUGAGCAGGUGACGGUGCCGCUGGGUGACGCCGUGCUCGCCACGCUGGACACCUGCAUUGGGAGCGAGAGCUGUGAGGAGCUCUGGGCCCCCCAAAGCCCGCACGUGGCUAUGGGUCUGGACGGGGUGGAGAUCUUCACCAACGGCUCCGGUAGUCACCACGAGCUGCGCAAGGCUCACGUGCGAGUCGACCUCGUGAGGUCGGCCACCACCAAGAGCGGUGGCGUCUACGUCUUCUCCAACCAGAAAGGCUGCGAUGGAGACCGCCUCUACUACGACGGCUGCGCCAUGAUAGCCGUCAACGGGAGGCUACUGGCGCAGGGAUCACAGUUCUCACUCGACGAUACGGAGGUGAUCACGGCCACCGUGGACCUGGAGGACGUUCGCAGCUACCGCGGGGAGAGGUCCUCCAGGAACCUGGCCGCGGCGCGGGGCGGGCGCUACCCGCGUGUCCGCGUCCCCUUUGCGCUCUCCUCGCACGAUGACCUCACGGUGACCCCCAGCCCGUACCUCGAGUGGAGCUACCACUCAGCGGAGGAGGAGAUCAGGGCUGCGCCUCUACUCCACGCUCUGUCUUGCAGCCUGGGCCCCGCCUGCUGGCUCUGGGACUUCCUGCGGAGGAGCAACCAGGGAGGGUUCUUCCUGCCGCUGAGCGGAGGCAUCGACUCUGCGGCCACCGCCUGCAUCGUCUACUCCAUGUGCCGCCUCGUGUGCCGGGCCGCCCUGCAGGGCAACACGCAGGUGAUGGGCGAUGCGCGACGUCUGCUGGGCGACGCCGACUACACGGCGUGGGAGCCCGGGCGGCUGUGCGGGCUGCUCUUCACCACCUGCUACAUGGGCAGCGAGAACUCCUCCGGCGACACCAAGCGGCGUGCCUCCCAGCUCGCAGCGCAGAUCGGCAGCCACCACCUGGGUGUGUGCAUCGACGCGGCCGUGCAGGCUGUGGUCUCUGUGCUGCGCGUGGCCACGGGGUUGACUCCCCGUUUCCUUGCCCACGGGGGCAGCGCCCGGGAGAACCUCGCCUUGCAGAACGUCCAGGCCCGUGUGCGCAUGGUCCUCGCGUACCUGUUUGCCCAGCUGGGCCUGUGGGCUCGGGGACGCCCGGGAGGACUCCUCGUCCUGGGGUCGGCCAACGUGGACGAGAGCCUGCGCGGGUACCUCACCAAGUACGACUGCUCCAGCGCCGACAUUAACCCCAUCGGUGGCAUCAGCAAGAGCGACCUGCGCUCCUUCGUGCGGUACUGCGAGCGCGAGUUCGGAAUUACCGCCCUCGCCAGCAUCCUAGAGGCACCACCCACGGCUGAGCUGGAACCGCUGGCAGACGGUCACACCACUCAGACGGACGAGGAGGACAUGGGCAUGAGCUACGCGGAGCUGUCCGUGUUCGGCCGCCUGCGCAAGAUUGACAAGUGCGGCCCCUACAGCAUGUUCUGCAAGCUGCUCACGGCGUGGAGCCAGCGCUGCUCUCCAGCGCAGGUGGCUGAGAGGGUGAAGCACUUCUUCCGCUCGUACGCCCUCAACCGGCACAAGAUGACGACGCUGACGCCCGCCUACCACGCCGAGAGCUACGGCCCGGACGACAACCGCUUUGACCUGCGACCCUUCCUCUACAACGUCGCCUGGCCCUGGCAGUUCAACCGCAUCGACCGCGAGGUGAAGAAGUUGGAGGCAGAACAGAAAGAGACGGAGCCCUGAAUGCACCACAGUGGGGACAGUUGCUGUGGUCCGCAGUGACAAGAGCCGGGGUUCUGGAGGUCGUGUGUUCUCCUCCUGUUCUGCGUGGGGUUUCCUCCUCCCAUAGCUAAACCCCCACGCCGCACAGUGGCCAAGUUAAAUCCUAAAGUUUUUUUAUUGCAAAUCACUCGAUCGGGAUCACACAUCAUAGCAACUUUGUCCCCUACUGCAAAAACUCACACACACACAUCUCACACACCCAUCUCCCACACACACACCCAUCACUCACACACACACACCCCCAUCUCAUACACACCCAUGUCACAGACACCCAUCACUCACACACAUGUUACAAACAC